CCUGGACCUGACUGUCUCAUUCUGGAGGCUUCCAGACAACAGCCACGGUCAGUGCCCCAGACCUGAGAGGAUGGCUUCAGAUGGAGCAUCUCCCUUGCUGGGGCUGGAUGUGAACAUGAAGCCUGGUGCUGCUCUUUCUCCUACCGCACUUCCUUUCCCCCCGCCGACACCUGACCAGCUAGACCAGCCAUCCUGGGAACCAUCUCCACAGCCCCCCAUACCUUCAGCAUUCUCUCCAGGCAACCCACUGGUGCUCUCUGCUUUCGCCAACCCGCUGCUGGUGACAGGGGAUGGGAGCCCCAACCCCACUGGGGCUGGGACUGGCAAGGUCAUUAUCAAAGUCAAGACAGAAGCAGGGCUGGCUGAGCCCUCUCAAACUCAGAACUUCAUCCUCACUCAGACAGCCCUCAAUUGGAUUGCCUCCAGUGCUCCCUGUGGGGCGGAGGGGUCUCCUGCUCGGUACAUGGCAACUUCAAAUGUGAAGACCAUUCUGCCCACUCAGGCUGUUGGAGUGAGCCAGGAGGGCCCCCCAGGCCUCCCUCCUCAGGCUUUACCACCAGCUGCUCAGUUGGCUCCCAUUUUGCCCUUGGAAAAGGCUUGGCUAGGGCCACAAGGGGCUACCGGGGAAGGAGGCCCUGUGGCUGCAGGGAAGCCCUCACUGGGCGAGCUUGCCUACACCUCAAAGGGCGUCUACGAGAACUUCCAACGCUGGCAGCGCUACAAAGCCUUGGCCCGGAGGCACCUAUCCCAAAGUCCUGACACAGAAGCACUCUCUUGCUUUCUCAUCCCAGUGCUUCGUUCCCUGGCCCGGCUGAAGCCCACCAUGACCCUGGAGGAGGGACUGCCCAGGGCUGUGCAAGAGUGGGAGCACACCAGCAACUUUGACCGGAUGAUCUUUUAUGAGAUGGCAGAAAAGUUCAUGGAGUUUGAGGCUGAGGAGGAGCAGAUACAGAAUGCACAACUGAUGAAUGGCUCCCAUGGCCUCUCUCCUGCAGCUCCUUUGAAACUUGACCCUCCAGGGUCCCUGGCCCCUGAGGCUUGCCAGCUGCCAGUGUACAUUCCAAAGAAGGCAGCCUGCAAGAGCCGGGCUCCCCGCAGGCGGCAGCGCAAACCCCAAAGGCUUCCAGCUCCAGAGACACCCAAGGAGAUCCCGCCAGAAGCCGUGAAAGAAUAUAUUGACAUCAUGGAAGGGCUGGCGGGGAGUCAGUCGGACACUGUGGCAUCAGGUGGAAAACAGGAAGAGGAGCAGCAGGAAGAUGAAGGGUCAUAUCCAGACCCUUGUCUCUUGAGCUACGUCGAUGAGCUGUGUUCUCAGGAGGUCUUUGUUUCCAAGGUGGAAGCUGUCAUUCACCCUCAAUUUCUGGCAGAUCUGCUGUCCCCUGAAGAACAGAGAGAUCCUUUGGCCUUGAUUGAGGAGCUGGAGCAAGAAGAAGGCUCACUAUUGCUCCAGCUUGUCCAGAAGCGACUCUUGGCCCUGGAGGAAGACGAGGAUAUGCAGGCACCUCCCAGUUGCAGUGGCGCUCAGUCAGACUCAAGUCCUUCUGUUUCUGAUGAAGAUGAAGAUGGGGGUGGACGGCCUCGGCCUACCCCUGGGCCUCGGGGGUCUGCCACUGUUUGCCUUGGAAAGGCUGCUUCUCCAGGCAAGCGGGCAAGAGAAAUGCAUGGUGGGCUAGAGGGAGCCCUAUGUGGCCCAAGAGGCAUGCAUAAGGAUGGGAACCCUCAGCUAUCCUCCAGCAGCUGGGAUCGGCAGUUAAAACUUGCACCUUCACAGAUGGUGCAGCCUUCCUUGGGUAUGGAGAGAAGGGGGUCUGGGGAGGUUAUGAACCAACUAUCUUCACAUAAGGAUGGCUACCUGGGAGGUGCUGGGUCCCCUGGGCACUGCCUAGUGGCUGAUAGGACUUCAGAGGCUUUGUCCCUUUGCUGGCAGGAAGGUCCCCAACCCCUGAGAGCUCUCAGUGUGGAUGUUGUACUUGCAGAUCCAGCUCCUGUGCAAGGACAAGGGUUAGAAAAGCAAGUUCUGGGGUUGCAGACAGGACAGCAGAUGGGGGUAUUGGAAGUGCUUCCUCGAGGGACAGAGCCUUCAGCCGUGUCCCAGGAAGAAUCCUUAGCAGCCAUGUGGGAAAAUGAUGCAGGUCCUUCCAUGGUUCAGAGUUAUGACCAGAAUGCUUCCCCUGGGGCAGCUGGGGACCAGGACAGGGCUCUCAGCCCAGCACUGUGGCUGAGCAGUGAGAUGGAUGCUGUAAGCUUGGAGUUGCCCUUGCAAAUUGAAGAGGUCAUAGAGAGCUUCGAAAAUGGGGAAUGUAUAGCCAAGCACCAGGCACUGGACUCCACCAACAGCAUUUCACUGUCUGGGGAGGGAGAGAGCACUGUGGUUCUUCCCAGUGGAACAACAGAUGCCGUAGCUGCCAUAGAGUUGCCAGAACCUCCAGGGACCAACAGUCCAGCAUUGGGGCCCGAAGAAAACAGAGAACAGAGCCCUGGGACCAUACAGGAUACCAAUGAUCUCUGGGCUGAUGGUUGCUCCCCACUGUUGGAAAUAACUGAAGCCUCCACACUGGGGUCUCCCAAAGAUGCCCUGCUGCCCUCAUGCCAAGACAACCUCUUUAUCCUAGGGACACAGGAUGCCUUCUUCCCUCAGGCUAGCCAAGAGGCAGAGAGCACAGGGAAUCCCUUUUCUCCCUUGGAAGCCACAGAGCAUAUCAACAUACUAGAUGUUACAGAUGAUUGUGGCUUCCAACUAGGGGUCAGUGAGGACUCCUGCCUAGCAAAUUUUAAUUCUUAUGACCUCCAAGGAGAGGGCAGGGAAGAUAGCAGUCCAUCCAGUCCUAAGCCUAAUGAUCUUGUAUCUUUACAAGGCAAUCAAGAGUCUUAUAUACUUGAGACCCCCAAAUCAACAUCUUACCUGAGCCUUGGAAGCACUUCCCCUACAUGGGAUGCUUUAGUUCCAAGAGAAAACUCCUUUAGUGAAGCACUCAACUCAGUGGAUGGGGUCCAGAAAAGGGAGAAGGAGGAGGAAGAGGAAGAUGAACAACUCUCCAACUUUGCCUACCUCUUGGCCUCCAAACUUAGCCUCUCUCCAAGGGGCCUUCCCCUCAGUCCUCACCCUGUUUCGGGAGGUCAGGGCAUCCAGAGAGCAUCCCACCCCUGUGCUGAGGUACAAGGCCCUGGCCAACUUUCACACCCUGUCACCAAGUCUGGGAAGCGAGCCCCAGUUGGAGGUUUAGCUAAUGCUGUAAAGAGAUCCCAGCCAGGAGCUCAACUUGGUGUCUCUGGGGAGAACCCCCUGGCUCUGGGAAUGGUGCAGUCCUCACAGCCUCGUAAAAGAAGGCGUGACAGUUUUGCCACAGGCAGAAAGAAGAAACGGCGUCGUAGCCAGUAG